UCCCUUGCUCUCCUCAGUUGCGUGGAAGGAAGGAGGCUUCCUCCUCGGAGAUGUCCUUUGGAUCCUGAUGGCGGCCAUUGUGUCCCUUGUGGGCGCAGCAGUGGCACUCCUGCUUUCUGGGGCGAAGGCUCACAAUGGCUCCACCUCACACUCCCUGCGCUAUUUCCGUACAUCUAUAUCUCAGCCUGGCCAGGGGCUGCCCCAGUUCUUCAUUGUUGGGUAUCUGGACGACCAGCUUUUUUAUCAAUAUGACAGCAACUCUAGGAAGGCCCAGCCAAGAGUGACCUGGAUGGAAAAAGCAGGCGAACAUUACUGGGACACAGAGACCCAAUUCAUGCGAGACAGAGAGGCUGUAUCCAGAGCAUACAUGGCAAACUUAAGGAAUCACUACAACCAGAGCGAAGAGUUUCACACCCUGCAGAAGAUGUUCGGCUGUGAGCUGAGGAAAGAUGGGAGCACAGGAGGAUUUGCCAAGUAUGCCUACGAUGGGACAGACCACAUCAUCCUGGACAAGGAGACCCUCACCUGGACGGCAGCUGAUGGUUCAGCCCAAAUCUCCAAAAAGGAGUGGGAAAAUAUAAGAACUCCAGCCCAGACCUGCAAGGCCUACCUGAAGGAGGAGUGCAUUAAGCGGCUGGAGAAAUUCCUGAACUACGGGAAGGAGGCACUGCUGAGGACAGAGCCUCCUGUGGGAAAGAUCACAAGCCAGGCUACUGGGGGUGGCCAGGAAGCCCUCAUCUGCCAGGCCUAUGGCUUCUACCCCAAAGAGAUUGAAGCCACUUGGAGGAAGGGGGAGGAGAUUUUAGAACAUGAGACUUUCCGUAGGAACAUUGCUCCCAACUAUGAUGGGACAUACCACAUCUGGCUCAGCAUCGAUAUUGAUCCCAAGGAGAGAAACUUCUACCAGUGCCAUGUGGAUCAUGCCAGCUUGCAAAAGCCUCUGGUCUUGACCUUUGAAGAGCCUGGCGUCAAUGUGGGACUCAUUAUAGUAGCCAUCUUUGGAGUUGUGGCAGCUUUUCUGUUGGCAGCUGGGAUCACCACUUUCUUCCUCAAGAUUCGGCACGAGAAAGAAGACUACAAAGCAGCAUCAACAUCUAGUGACAAAAGCUCUGACAGCUCCAUCUUGGAGAAGGUGCCAGCGUGAAAAAGGCCCUGACUCAUGUUUCUACAGUAUGACUUCUUGGUGAUGGGACAUAGGACAGGGCCUCAGAGGAUGAUCAAAGUCACCAGCAGGCUGAUGUGGCAACUAUCCUUCAGAUCUCCUGGACCAGUUUUUAAAGGGAUUCUACUUUCCUUUCAUCCAAACCUUGGGCUUUUCCAGGAAUUUCAUAUUCUGAUGCAGAGAUAGUUCUUGGUCCUCCCAUCCCUUUAUUAGCCAUGACUGUAAUAUUCUGUUUUUCUGUCAAAUGGGAACUGGUUACCUGUCUGUCACUCAUGACUAGGUAUAUGUGCAGACUAAGUCUGACAAAUGGAGGCAAACAGAAGGAAUGGUCAUAGGGGUGGUUGCUUCAGGCUUCAGCAGGGGUUGGCAAAGUGCAGCAUGUGCCCCCCCCAGGGCUGUUUUUGUGGCCUUUAGGUCCCUUAGGAGUAAAAACAUUUUGUGGUGGGGUUGUGGAGUACACUUUCCUCUAAGGUCUGCUAGAUGGGCAGGCCGCCGAAGCUUUUUACAAUCCAAAAUAUGAACUGAUCUUUUCUGCUUUUAUUUGGACCGGCUCCAGGAUAUAUUGGGGCCAUGGCAUGUGGUUGCCAUGGGUCUGGAGCGACUAGCUCCAGGGUGGCUCCAAUACACCCUUUUCAGGUGAUCUGUUCCAGCCCUUUUGCCUUUUGGUUUUUUUU